GAAAAAACAAACUAACAAAACCUACACGGACCAGAGCGGACCAGUCGCGAUGACGUCGAUGCGGGCCGCGGUGCUGCUGCUCGGACUCGGGGUCUCGUGCCGGGCGCAGUUCGCGCCCCCCGCAGUGACCAUCAGUCUGGAUGACGCUCCGGAGGUGCGCUGGGACCCGCUGGUCAAAGUCUUUGACGUGGACUACCUGAGGAAAGCCGCCGCGGAGGUCAUCGACACCACGGUGCCCAAAUGGCUCUAUCGCGCGGUGAAGCCGCUGGUGAAGGACCUGGAAAAGUACAUUCCUCAGCCGUACGCGGGAGAGCUCCGUGGCUUGGCCUCACACCUGGGAGACGUUUCAGAUGUCAUCAUCCUCAACUUUGCCUAUGAAAUAUCUGCAUUCUGCACGAGCAUCGUCGCUCAGGACAAGAAGGGGAACGUGUACCACGGCAGGAACCUUGACUACCCGCACUCGGUUCUGAGGAAUCUGACGAUGGACGUAAUAUUCAUCAAGAAUGGAGAGGUGGCGUACCGUGGGACUUCUUUUGCUGGAUACAUCGGCCUGUGGACGGGUCAGAGUCCCAACAAGUUCACGGUGUCUGGUGACCAGCGAGUGUGUGUGUGUUUGUGGUCAUCAGGCAGUGAUCGCUGGUGGAACUGGUGGAAGAACGUGGUGUCUGCUCUCUUCUUUCGCAGAUUCCCGGUCAGCUGGCUGGUGAGGGAGACACUGGAGGAGGCGGAGGACUUUCAGGACGCCGUGAUGCGCCUCGCCAAGAUUCCCAUCAUCACGGGGGUGUAUUACAUUGUGGGCGGGGCUCGAGCAGGCGAAGGGGUCGUCAUCACCAGAGACCGAAUGGGCCCCGCCGAUAUCUGGCCACUGGAUCUCUUGACUGGAGGAUGGUUCAGAGUGGAGACAAACUUUGACCACUGGCUGCCGCCUCCAGCCAGGGAUCACCGGAGAGACGCAGCCAACAAAGCACUAAAUGCUACAGGCCAGGAAAACAUCAACUUGGAGACCCUUUAUCAGGUUCUGUCGCUGUAUCCGGUGUGCAAUGGAGUGACUCUUUACACAACAACGAUGAGCGCAGCAGCCCCCGAGAAGUACAACACAACUAUCAGGCCGACGGGCUGCCCACCGAACUGAACGGGCCUCGAGCGCUACGCCGCCGCACAGAUUGUUGUGUCCUCGCGUGGGUACAUGCCGGUUCACGAUCACUUGAAUGUUUGAAUAAUCGACGAUUAGGAGGGAAGGGGACUGAGGCAUCGUGAGGACGACAGUGCUUCUCGACCGCGAAUACAAAUUACAUUCAGCUUCUUUCUUUUUUUACCUUACAGAGCCGAAAUUAGUAUGUAAAGCGUAAUACUUUUUUUACUUGAUUGCUGCCAUCUGGAGUCUGCUGAAGUGUCGAGAGACACACUCUAAGUUCUAAGUGACCCUAAAAAAAUGGCCCCUGUUGGAGUAAACAAGGAUGGAAAAAAACAAACAUAUACACAACAUGUUUCCAAUAUAUGACACUUAUAGACAAUAGUUUGCAAACAACAUUUUUUUAUUUUGUAAUUUUGGAAGGUGAAAGACACAGAAAUAUGUCUUCCAAAACAAUAAUAAGUACUUCCCAAAGUAAUAUGACAACUUCCAAAAUCAACAGUUGCUAACUGUGAAUGAUUGCUGUUUAAUGACAGGAAGAAGGAUGUACUACAUCAUGGUUUCUCCAGUAACAUAUGACAACCGUUGUCAGAUUUAUGAUUUAUUGAUUUUGUUAUUGACAAUUGAAGAUUGUUUUUUUUUUUAGUAAAAUUUGUUUUAAUUAUACACAAUGUUAUGGUUGUAUUUUCUAUCAAUGUAUGAUGCAUUGUCAUAGUCGCACUCCAAGCAUGACCCGAUAUUACACACGAGUAUCCACGAUCAGUGUCAAAUUAAAACAAAAAUAACAACAAUUCUAAUAAAUGAUUGUGUUGCAGAGA